UGAGUGCAGAGAGAAUAUGACUGCGAUCAGUUACCGGCAGGACUUCACACCCAAAGUGCUGACUGAGUCUGCAAACAUUUCAUACAGGUUCAGCUGUCCUGGUCCAGGUGUGUUCAGGUGUACUUUGACUGGACUGGUGUUUGGUACGGUUCAGGAGGCGGAGCUACAGUACAGGACUGUCCAAUGGGAUGAAAGACUUCUACAACCAGCUGGCAAGGCGGCUGCAGGUCCGCUGUUCAACAUCCACAGUCCUGACGGUGCUGUCAGUCAGCUCCACCUGCCACACUGUGAAAUCAUGGAUGCUCCGCUCCCUGAAGGUCUGCUGUCUGUCGUCCACAUCACUGAUGAUGGAAUGAGCAUCCUGGAGCCGCUGGAGAUUACAGACACUCAUGUGGUUGUGAACGUCCCUCACUUCUCUCGCCUGGGCCUCGUCUGGGACGUUGUUAGGAGGUUUAUCAACAUCACACGACCAAUCAGGGGCCAGGUUCUGCUGUUCCUCCGAGCUCCGCAUCGUGAUAAACGAAUACUUGACGUAUUACUGCUGCAGGACAACAUUCCUCUGAGUGAGGUUGCCCCCCAACAAGAACCAGCUGAGAACAUUAAGAUCUCCUCCCAGUGUAUUCUCAGCGUUGGUCACAGCUACAGCGUUCACAGUGAACCCGAAGCCUCCAUAAUCCAGCCUGAGGAUUCAACAUUUGACCCACACUAUGGACCAAACUUCUUCCCAACAUUUGAGGUUUUCCUCCCUGCAAACCAAGAGGAAGUGACUCUGAUGGUCCAAAACCAAGAGAGGACACCGGUGUGGAAUCGGGUGGUGCAACUGACAGGUCCAAGAAGUGAAAAUGUGUUCCUCCCAGCAGAGAAGCUGCUGUUGGCUCGCACACAGUUUGCUAGCAGAGUGUCUGAACCUAAUCUAGACCAGCUUCUGGGUAAACUUCUUGGGCUUGGUGUUAUAAAUGAUGGUGAAAUGGAGUCGGUCAGAACAGGAACGCGAGUGGACAAAGCUCGUAAAGUGAUCGACAUGGUGCGAAGAAAAGGAAAUGAUGCCAGCUCCUGUUUAAUUGUUGCCCUCUGUGAGGUGGAUCCAAACCUUUCCACACAGCUCAAAUUAAGCUGAGUGUGAAGAUGAAACCGUAUAACAGCUGACUGUUUCACUGUCUCAAGUCUGUUCUUUGUUAAAUGGCUCCACACUGUUUUUCAGCACUCAGUACUCAUUUAUCCAAUGGUUGUAAACACAGCUUGUACAUCAUGUUUUUAUGUUUUGAGGAGCAGUUCAUGUCUUUAAUUAUUAAUCAACGCUUGUUUCGUUGAUACUAAAUUGAAUAUAAAAGAUGUGCUGAGCUUUGUGUCUCAUUAAAUCAAAGAUGUUUCAGGUUCUAACCACAAAUGUGAUUAAAGGUUGUUUCUGUGCUGCCUUAAGACAGAUGUUUAUACUUUAUGAUGAAAAUAAUAAAAAGCUGACCAUGUGAUUAGAGCUCGCUGAUAUAUUCACCCUGUAAGAAGCUUUUUUUUGGGGGGGGGGGCAAUAAGACAUGACAUCUGUCUCUUUUUUCUUCCUUCUUAUCUGUGAUCUGAAUCUUCUUGAACUCUUCAGCAGUUUAGUUUCAUCCUGUGUUGACAGAGAU